AAACAGAAACCAAAAGUAAAGAACAGCAGCAGCAGCAGCAGUAACAACAACAGUUCGGGUCACACGAGGACGGACAUCAGUUGAAGUAACGUCCAUAAACGCGAUGACCUUCGCCGCAGGAGUCGCCGCUUUGGUCUGCGCUCUCUGCGUCGACCUGACCGUGUUUUACGCGCGGGCGUCGGUGGAGACGCCCGGCGUCCCUGUCCGUCUCUCUGUCCUCUGGGGCUUCGCUCUGCUCCGGUUCUGGGCUCUGGCUGCGGCGACUCGGCUCACGCUCGGCCGGGUCAGGCGGCUGCUGCUCCGCGUCAUCACGGCGCACAGCCUUCUUCCCGCGGUGUUCGAGACCGGUUCCACGGCGCUGUACCCGGGAGAGGAGGCGGGGGGGCGGUGUGGCCGUCUGGCGGAUGCGCGAUGCUGGCUGCUGUUCGUCGCUGCCUCCCUGUCCGCCGCGCUCUUCUGGGAAGUGACCAUUCCGGACUCGGACGAGGACGCCGCCGCCGCAGCACGGGAGCAGAAGAAGAAGGCGAGGGUUCAAUUCCUCAGGGUGGUGAAGCUGUACAGACCGGACUACCCCCUGCUGGGCGGGGGGCUCGUCUUCCUGACCCUGGCUGUGGUGUGUGAGAUGUCCAUUCCGUUCUACACGGGGCAGAUCAUCGACAUCCUGGGCAGUCAGUACCAGAGGAACCAGUUCAGAUCUGCGCUCCUCUUCAUGGGCCUGUACUCCCUGGGGAGUUCGUUGAGUGCCGGCUGCAGAGGAGGGAUUCUAACCUGCGCCAUCGGUUCGUUCACGUGUCGGAUGAAGCUCCAGCUGUUCGGGGCUUUGACGAAACAGGAGAUUGGAUUCUUCGAGGUCACGAAGCCGGGUGACAUCACCAACCGCCUGUCCAAUGACACGGUACGGAUGGGAGAGUCGGUGUGUUUGAACGUCAACGUCCUGCUGAGGACCUUCAUCAGGACGGUGGGAAUGAUCACCCUGAUGAUGAGCCUUUCCUGGAAGCUGACCCUUCUCAUCCUGUUGGAGACCCCGGUCACAGGCCUGGUCCAGAACAUCUACGACACGCACGACCAGCGGCUCCAGCUGGCCAUGCAGGACUCCAUGGCCGAGGCCAGUGAAGCAGUGAGGGAGGUGCUGUCCAACGUCAACGUGGUCCGCAGCUUCAACGCCGAACAACACGAGGCCGGUCGUUACGGCCGCAGCCUGGUGAAGACGCAGGAUCUGAAAACCCGGAGAGGAUGUUUCAGGGCGGUGUCUCUGCUGGUGCAGAGGCUGACAGGACUGUGUACCCAGGUGUUGAUGUUGUACUACGGCAGGCAGUUCAUCCAGAGUGGACAGAUGACCGUCGGCAGCCUCCUCUCCUUCAUGCUCUACCAGUCCGACGUGGGAACAAACAUCAGGACGUUGGUUUACUGCGUGGGAGCCACGCUGAAAUCAGUGGGCGCCGCUGAGAGGGUCUUCGAGUACAUGGACCGAAGACCUGUGGUCAGCACCGAUGGAACGCUGCGACCUGAUGACCUGAGUGGACACGUCCGCUUCAACAGACUGACCUUCGCCUAUCCAUCCAACCCCGACAGGACGGUUCUGCAGGAUCUCUCUCUGGAGCUGAAGCCCGGUCGGAUGACGGCUCUGGUCGGUCCGUCUGGAGGAGGGAAAACCACGUGCGUCAGUUUGUUGGAGAGAUUCUACGAGCCGCAGGCCGGAGAGAUCCUGCUGGACAACGAGCCGCUGAAGUCCUACGACCACGGCUUCCUCCACAGGAAGGUGGCCAUGGUGGGUCAGGACCCCGUGCUCUUCUCCGGCUCCAUCAGAGACAACAUCGCCUACGGCCUGACGGACUGCUCCAUGGAGGAGGUCCAGGAGGCCGCUCGCCUGGCACACGCUCACGACUUCAUCCAGCAGAUGGGAAGAGGCUACGACACAGAGGUGGGCGAAGGCGGCGGACAGUUAUCGAAGAGCGAGAAGCAGCGAAUCGCCAUCGCAAGAGCUCUGGUUCGACGACCGCAGAUCAUCAUCCUGGACGAAAUCACCAGCUCUCUGGACACCGAGAGUGAGAGUGAGGUCCAGCAGGCUCUGAGUGGACUCCCCGACCGGACUCUCCUGGUGAUCGCCCACAAACUGUCCACCAUCGAGAAGGCCGACCAGAUCGUGGUGAUCAGCGGGGGCGUGGUGGAGGAUCGAGGGAGUCACCAGGACCUGAUGGAGAAGAAGGGGAGCUACUACAAACUGGUGGAGAAACUGUUCGCCGAGUGAACCUGGAGGGUGGGGUUAGAACCAACAACCUGCUGAUCCACGUGGUCAUCAAUCAUCUGAUGACAUUCAGAAAAUCUGGACCCCCGUUUAUCUUUGUAUAUAUUUUGUAUGUGUAUUUGCAUUAGGGACAUGUGGUUUCUCUGGGAAUCGAACCCUCUGAUUGUAAGGCAGUUGUGCUAACCUCUGCCGUAUAGAACCGCAGUCUGAUGAUUUUGUUGUUUCAUGAACAAACCUCCUGUGGUUGUACCUGUUAAACGACUGUAUGUGGUUUAAUAAACGUUAGAUCAAAGGC